AUGGAUCCUGAAGCCCUUAAAAAAUACUCUGCAUUACACCCUAAACCUGCUGGACUCUCUCUUCAGUAUGGCACCGCUGGGUUUCGCACCAGGGCCGAGCAGCUUGAUCACGUCAUGUUCCGCAUGGGCUUGCUGGCAGUCCUCAGGUCCAGAGCCGUGGGAGCUACUAUUGGUGUCAUGGUUACAGCAUCUCACAAUCCUGAAGAAGAUAAUGGUGUAAAGCUGAUUGAUCCUCUUGGAGAAAUGCUGCACCCUUCCUGGGAAGAGUAUGCCACACAACUAGCAAAUGCAGAGGAGCAAGAAUUACAGCAAGUAAUAACAGAGAUCUGCCAAAAAGCAGCAGUGAACCAGCACAAAGAUGCUUCAGUUUUUGUUGGUAGAGACACCAGGCCAAGCAGCGAGAAACUUUCACAGUCAGUAAUAGAUGGUAUCUCUGUUCUAGGUGGUCAGUACCAUGAUUAUGGUCUGGUGACUACGCCGCAGCUACAUUACAUGGUCUGCUGUCAAAACACCCAAGGGCAGUAUGGGAAAGCAACGCUGGAAGGUUAUUAUGAAAAACUCUCCAAGGCUUUUACAGAACUGAUAAAACAGUGUCCCAGCUCUGGAGAGAGUCAGAGGCGCCUGAAGAUUGACUGUGCCAAUGGAAUAGGAGCUCUGAAACUGUCAGAAAUGAAGCCCUACUUUCCAAAGGAGGUCCUAAUUCACCUGUAUAAUGAUGGAACCAAGGAGAAACUCAAUCACUUAUGUGGUGCAGAUUUUGUGAAAGUUCACCAGGAACCUCCUAGAGGAAUAGACAUGAAGCCCAAUGAGAGAUGCUGCUCCUUUGAUGGUGAUGCAGAUAGAAUUGUUUAUUACUAUAAGGAUGCAGCUGGCCGUUUUCACCUAAUCGAUGGAGAUAAAAUAGCAACUUUAAUUAGUAUCUUCCUUAAAGAACUUCUUGGCAAGGUGGAGCAGCCUUUAAAGAUGGCAGUGGUGCAAACAGCAUAUGCCAAUGGGAGUUCAACACGCUACCUUGAGGAAACACUAAAGGUACCUGUGCACUGUGUCAAAACAGGAGUGAAGCACUUGCAUCACAAGGCCCAGGAGUUUGAUGUUGGUGUUUACUUUGAGGCAAAUGGGCACGGUACAGUGUUAUUUAGCAAAGCUGCUGAAAGUAAAAUAAGACAACUGGCAAGAGAGGAGAAAGACGACAAAAAAAGAGAAGCAGCAAAGGUGCUUGAACACAUGAUUGACCUAAUUAAUCAGACAGUUGGUGAUGCUAUCUCAGACAUGUUAGUGAUUGAAGCAAUCCUGGCUUUGAAAGGUCUGACUGUGCAACAGUGGGAUGCCAUCUACACUGACCUUCCCAAUCGGCUGCUCAAGGUUCAGGUGGCCGACAGGCGAGUGAUUGCCACGGGGGACGCGGAGCGGCGCGCGCUGACCCCCGCGGGGCUGCAGGAGGAGCUCGACGGGCUGGUGGGGAAGUACAGGCUGGCACGGGCCUUCGUCCGCCCCUCGGGAACGGAGGACGUCGUCAGGGUCUACGCUGAAGCGGACGCGCAGGGCAGAGAGAACGCAGAUGCCCUUGCCCAUGAAGUAAGCCUGGCUGUUUACAACCUCGCUGGUGGAAAAGGAGCACCACCCCAGCCUAUCUAA